AUGGCUGGAGGUGGUGGAGGUAGUGGAGGUGGAGAAGGUCCGAGACAGCUUGAUCAGACCCCGACAUGGGCUGUCUCCACGGUUUGUGGUGUUAUCAUCUUGAUCUCCAUUAUUUUGGAACUUAUCAUUCACAAAGUCGGCGAGGUUUUCGAGCGAAAGAAGAAAAAAGCCUUGUUUGAAGCUCUUGAGAAGAUUAAAAAUGAGCUUAUGGUUUUGGGAUUUAUUUCUCUGCUUCUGACGUUUGGCCAAAACUACAUUGCGAGCAUAUGUGUUCCCUCAAAGUACGGCCAUGCGAUGUCGUUUUGUGGUCCUUACGACGGACCUAGUGAUGAUGAUGACAAGAAAGCAGUCCACAAAAUGCAGAUUUCAUCUAUUCAACGUCGUUCUCUGGCCGACGCUCCUCCAGUGAAUUGCAAGAGUGAUUAUACGCCACUAAUAUCUCUGAACGCCUUACAUCAAGUGCAUAUUUUCAUAUUCUUCUUGGCAGUCUUUCAUGUGAUAUACAGUGCUAUAACCAUGAUGCUUGGAAGAGCCAAGAUUCGCGGCUGGAAAGUAUGGGAGCAAGAGGUCAUCCACGAACAAGAGAUGCUGAAUGACCCAUCAAGAUUUAGACUGACACAUGAGACAUCAUUUGUCCGAGAACAUGUCAAUCCUUGGGCUAGGAAUAAAGUCUCCUUCUACAUAAUGUGCUUCUUUCGUCAGAUACUCAGAUCAGUCAGAAAAUCCGAUUAUUUGACAAUGCGACAUGGAUUCAUAAGUGUCCAUUUAGCACCUGGCAUGAAGUUUGAUUUUCAAAAGUACAUCAAAAGGUCAUUGGAAGAUGACUUCAAGGUGGUUGUAGGAAUAAGACCCGAGCUAUGGGCCUUUGUGAUGCUAUUUUUACUCUUUGAUGUUCAUGGAUGGUAUGUUACUGCCGUAAUCACCAUGUUUCCUCCUCUGUUAACAUUAGCCAUCGGAACAAAACUGCAAGCCAUUAUAUCAUACAUGGCAUUGGAGAUUCAAGAGAGACACGCAGUGAUUCAAGGAAUGCCACUAGUCAAUGUCUCCGACCAGCAUUUUUGGUUUGGCCGACCCGCUCUAGUCCUUCAUAUUAUCCACUUUGUUCUGUUUCAGAACGCUUUUGAGAUUACUUACUUUUUUUGGAUAUGGUACGAGUUCGGGUUAAGGUCAUGCUUUCAUCACCAUUUUGGCCUUAUAAUUGUUCGUGUCUGUCUAGGGGUAGGAGUACAAUUCCUAUGCAGUUAUAUCACACUACCCCUUUAUGCUCUCGUUACUCAGAUGGGAUCCACGAUGAAGCGAUCAGUGUUCGAUGAACAAACUUCAAGGGCAUUAGAACAAUGGCAUAAGAAGGCACGUCUAAGAAAGAAUGAAAAGUGA